AGCGUUCCUGGCGAACCAGAGUGCAUUGCUUGCUGUGAAUUGACCAAUGACUGUAUGGAAUUAACAGACCCCCUGUGCUGGCAGCGUGCGUGCCACUGCCCGCGAAGGGAAGAAGACGAGCGAGGUGCUUGCUGUGUGCUGAUUUCUCCUUCUCUAUCUAUCUCACCAUAUCAAACUCAUCUCACAAUGCCUGUAAAUCAUACAUUUCAAGGAGGGAAAGCCUUUGGAUUAUUAAAAGCUCAACAAAGGGAGAGAUGCGAGGAAAUAAACAAGGAAUACAUGGAAGACCAGAAAUACCGGGAUGAGGAGGACCUCCUGGAAAAACUGGAUUCUUUUAAAAUUCCGAACAGACCCGAGGACAACUCGAACCAUUCUGUGUAGACCUGGUCAGAUGCAAACCCCUUCCGAUCAGGACAAAUAUGCAGAAUUUGACCUGAACGACCAGGGAGAGAUUGAUAUGAUGGGUCUGAAGAGGAUGAUGGAGAAGCUGGGUGUUCCUAAGACCCACCUGGAGAUGAAGAAGAUGAUCUCUGAGGUGACCGAAGGUAUCAGCGACAGCAUCAACUACAGAGACUUCGUCAAGAUGAUGCUGGGCAAGCGCUCGGCCGUUCUCAAACUGGUGAUGAUUUUCGAGGACAAGGCUAACGGGGCCAUCUGUAAGCCUGAUGGUCCUCCACCCAAACGGGACAUAGCCAGCCUGCCAUAGACCCAGGACAUCCUGAGCCUCUAGACUAUAUCACCAUUCUAGGACCCUAUCAGGGCCCCUGCCCUCAGCCAGGGACGUGUACAUAGCCUUAUCAACUCCCCACCUCAGGAUGUGCACACGUCCCAGAAGGGGGGGGGGGGGGGGUUCUCCUCCUCUGUUCAAAACAUGUGGGGAGAUAAAAGAGAGAAGGAAAAAA